AUGUACAACCCACACCCAAAUCCUCAUCUAGAAUAUGCCUUUAGGAAUGAACUUCAAAGUGUGAAGAUGACUCCUAGUCAGAGUAUCACUUCACACUUGCUCAUGAUGAACAUGAAAUACCAGAAAGCAGCUAAGCUGGGAAUUGUUUUAUCUGAAGUGCAGAGAGUUCAUUUUAUUCUCAACAGCUUAUCACCUGAGUUUAACCAAUUUGUUUUAAAGAAUUGGAACUCUUCCGACACAGACAAGCUGGACGAAGUGUUGCGUGCUUAUGAACGGACAUUGUCAUUUCCAUGGAGAUCUUUCUCUAGUAAUGCAGAUAAGUGUUGGAAAAUGACUGACAUCAAGGAAUGUCUUGACACUCAAAUCGAAAUGAAAGAUUUGGGUGAAGCUGCUUAUGUUUUUGGUAUUCAGAUCAUCAGAAACCUUUUUACUCUUGGGGGUAGAGCAGCUGUUUGGAGAAGCGCUAAGAAAACUGCAAUAUCAGACUCUACCAUGGAGGCCGAGUACAUAGCUGUCGUUGAGGCUGCUAAGGAACUUGUUUGGCUAAGAAAGUUCUUCUCAGGAUUUGAUGUUGAUCCUGGAAUGGAAAAACUACUGGUUUUACUUUGUGACAACACUGGUGCUAUAGCCAAUAGUGUGACAUGCUGUAAUAACUCAGCCUUUUGCAAGCUUGUAACAAUAGGUGAAAUGCCAUCAGUCACACAAUGA